AUGUUUGUGUUAACUUUAAUAUCCUUAGCAUUGACAUUUGGAUUGUGUUAUGGUAAUCCAUGUGGCGGAACUUCCCCUGUUGUAACUCUACCAAUAAUAACAGGACCAAUAAGUACAAGCAGUAGUUUUAGUGAUGCUUUUGCAUCUAGUCAAGCAAUAGCUACUGGCUUAGAUUCUACGGCUUCAAGUUUAGCUAGCUCUUUAGCUGCAGCUAAUUCUCAAAGCUAUAGCGGUAUUUUGGGUGGCAGUGUUUCAUUUGCAACCGGCGCCGCUGAUAGUUUAGCGAACUCAGUAGCUUGGACCGGAUCACAAACGGCAGAUUUAUCAGCUAGCUUAAGUGAAGCUAGCUCAAUUAGUGAUUCUCUUUCAUUAAGCGGAUUUUAUGGAACACCUUUAGAUUUUGCGACAGGUUUUGCAAAUACAUUGGCUUUAGCAGACAGUUCUAGUAAUGCUGUAAGUUCCAGUUCUUCUAACGGUGCAGGAAAUGCUUACAGCUUUAGUUCAGGCACUGGUGCUGGUAAUAGUUAUACCUGGACUAUACCUAGCUCUUCUGGAGGAUCACAAAGUUCGAGUAGUGCAAACAGUGCUAGUAAUGCAGUAAGCUCUAGUUCAUCUAAUGGAUUAGGCAGUGCUUACAGUUUUAGUUCAGGCACUGGAACUGGUAACAGCUACACCUGGGUUGUACCCAGUUCUUCAGGAAGCUCACAAAGUUCGAGUAGUGCGAAUAGUGCUAGUAACGCAAUAAGCUCUAGUUCAUCUAAUGGAUUAGGCAGUGCUUAUAGCUAUAGUUCCGGCAGUGGACUUGGCAGCAGUUACAGUUAUUCCAGUUCUCCUGCAACUUCACAAAGCUCAAGCGUUGCUCAGAGUUCUGCAAAUGCCCAAAGUGCUAGUUCGUCGACCAUAUUAGGUAUUGCCGAGUCUUCAAGUACAGCAAAUUCGUUAGCUACCGCAGUUAGCUCUGCCACAUCACAAGCUACUAGUAUUGCUUCUAGUUCAGCAGCUACUUUGAGUAGUGCAGUGGCAUCUUCCGUAGUAACUCAAACAUUAACUAUACUGAGCAGUCUUUCUAGCACAAUUAGUAUUGCGUUUUCACAAAUUCUUGCAUUGACCAGUGGAGUAACAGGAAUUUUGUCUCUUCUUUUAACAUUACUCGGAAGCAUUGGAAUAGUUACGCUAGAUUUACAAGCAUUUCUCAAUAUUCUUUUGGGGUUAAACCUUAAUGGUGUUGGUGCGGUUUUGGGUAAUCUGUUAGUACUCCUUGGAAAUUUAUUACAACCUGUUGUGGGAAUUAUUUCAGGAUGUGGUCCGUUAUCAAAUUUACUGCCAAUUCUCGUCGGGUCUAAUACCAUUUCUGUCAUAAACAACUUAUUUGCUCAAAUAGGAGCGGUAAUUAACGCUCUUUUACAAUCAGUUGGUGGUACAUCAAUAACUUUAACCAAUGGAAUAUUAUUAGCACAACAGCAAAUAUUAGUAGGAAGUAAUGGAAUUCAAGCAAUUUUAGCUCUUGUACAAUCAACUUUAGGAUUAAUUAUAAGUCAGACAACAUCUACUUUAAUCGGGCUCUUGCAAACCUUAGGAGUUGGAGGAAGUUUACAAAUAUUACUUAACGGACUAUUAAAUGGUGUUUUUGGACUUAUUUUGCAACUGGUUGGCGUAAUAUCAAAUGACAAAAUUUGCGCUUUAUUAUCUUCAUUAUUCACUCUAUUAAUAAAAUUAGGUGAAUUACUUAGUACCACAUUUAAAAAUUUAGCUGCUAUAUUCGGCGGAUGCGGUUGUUCUUGUACUCAAGAUAAAAUAGUUGCAGCUUUAAUAAUAUUGCGACAAUUAAUUGGGUCAAUAUCAGUUCUUGUUACAGGACUUGUUGGUUUUAGUGGUGGGUUCAAUAUUAUUGGGCAAGUAUUGCCUUGCUAA